CGCUCACCGCCCAAUGAUUGGUGACUCAGGCCGCUGGGCCUCCGAUCUCCGGACGCUAAACCAGAUCGGGAAAGCGAAAAGAUGCCAUAUUUCUCACCUUAUUUUCCAUCAUGCAAUCAUCAAGUGGGUUUUUCUAUGUUCUCUUGUUCGUUGAAGAUCCUCGCGGGGUACCAUUAGAUCGACUUUCAAUUCAGUCGUCCCUCUAAAUCCUUUCUGCGAUCACCUCUACGCAUACCUGUCCGGUGCUGUGAAAGUAACGCCCCUCAUAUCGAGCUCCGACUACCCCGCCAACGUUUCUUAAUUUCAAUAAGAACAACCAAUUGAUCGAUUGUUCAUCAUGUCGACUUGGGGCGAAUACUUCAAGGUCACCACUUACGGUGAAUCCCACUGCCGCUCCGUCGGCUGCAUCGUCGAUGGCUGCCCUCCAGGAAUGGAGCUUACUGAGGCUGAUGUCCAGCCUCAGAUGACCCGGAGACGUCCCGGACAGAGCGCUUUGACGACCCCUAGAAAUGAGAAGGACCGCGUGGAAAUCCAGUCGGGAACGGAAUUCGGUGUCACCCUCGGUACCCCGAUUGGCAUGAUGGUCCGCAACGAGGACCAGAGACCCAAGGACUACGGUGGAAGCACAAUGGACUUGUACCCUCGCCCCAGCCAUGCCGAUUUCACCUACCUCGAGAAAUAUGGCGUCAAGGCCAGCAGUGGCGGUGGCCGCAGCAGUGCUCGUGAGACGAUCGGCCGUGUCGCCGCUGGAGCCAUUGCUGAGAAGUACCUGCGUCUCUCCCACGGCGUUGAGAUCGUCGCCUUCGUCUCCUCCGUCGGCAACGAGCACCUCUUCCCCCCCACCCCUGAGCACCCCUCCCCCGCCACUAACCCCGAAUUCCUGAACCUCGUUGAGAGCAUCAGCCGCGAAACCGUCGACUCCUUCGUGCCGACCCGCUGCCCCAACCAAGACGCCGCAGCCCGCAUGACCAAAGUCAUCGAGCAAUUCCGCGACAACCAAGACAGCAUCGGCGGCACCGUAACGUGCGUGAUCCGCAACGUGCCCGUCGGACUCGGCGAGCCCUGCUUCGACAAGCUCGAAGCCAAGCUCGCGCACGCCAUGCUCAGCAUCCCCGCAACAAAGGGCUUCGAAAUCGGCUCGGGCUUCGGCGGCUGCGAAGUGCCUGGCUCCAUCCACAACGAUCCCUUCGUCGUCUCGGACGUUGAAACCCGCACCGGCACCGAAACGGCCACCAAGCAGCGUCUGACCACCAAGACCAACAACUCCGGCGGUAUCCAGGGCGGCAUCUCCAACGGUGCUUCCAUUUACUUCCGCAUCGCCUUCAAGCCCCCGGCCACCAUCGGCCAGGCCCAAACGACUGCCUCCUACGGCCUCGAAGAGGGCACCCUCGAGGCUAAGGGCCGUCACGACCCCUGCGUCGUACCCCGUGCUGUUCCUAUCGUUGAAACCAUGUCCGCCCUCGUCAUCAUGGACGCUCUCAUGGCCCAGUAUGCUCGUGAGAGCGCGAAGAACUUGCUCCCUCCUCUGCCUAAGACUAUCCCGACUCAUCCUACGGUUAAGCCUGGCUCCGCAUGAUCAAGUUAAGUGCUUGUGAAGUUUUCAGAUCGAAUGAACCUGGUUCGAGCUGAGAUGAAGUAAAAAUGCAUGGUAUGGUUAUGUAGUUCAUGAAGUGAGGUUUAGUUUCUGUUUUCCUUUACAACUCCUUUUCUUUUUAUUUUUUUUUGUCCAUAAAGAAGGUCGUUUAUUUUCUUUUCAUAGCAUCAUAGAGUUGGGUUCCUUUGGAUAAAUCCGUUAAAUAUGGAAAUUGUAUUCUCUAUGUGUAAUUGACAUGGGCUGCAGAGUUUAACUAAAAGAGAAGUCAACUUUCUCAAAGCAGCGGAGUCGGAUAAAUUAAGUCAGUGUCAAUGCGGCCCGAGACACGUGCUGCUGCAAUGCCCUAGGUACUGCAGGUAUAAGGGAGAGAGAGAGAGAGAGGAGGGAGGGUGGUCAAUACAAAUAUAUGGGGACAUAAACUAGGUAAGGUCUAUCCAUUGCACUCAAUGGCUUUGUAAAGUAAUUUAGACCAUUUAGUCCGCCGUACACUACAACAGUUGAUGUAUAAUCCUGGAGAAAAGAAUCUAUUCAUCUAAAGAGUCUCUUGACUCUCAUCCGCUCAUUUAAAG